GCGCUCGCUUCAGCUUUCUGGCAGUACUUGAUCAACCAUUCCUUGAUGCGCAUCGCGGUUCUGACAGCCUCGCGACCGGCAGCCGCGUACCAUCCCAAGCGGUCAAAGCGAUAUGCAGCCAGCUCGUCCGGCCUGCUGAUAUGACGAUCUACCCCUCCCACGACGUCAGAAGUCAAUUCGCGAUCCUACCAGCCUUGUAAGGCAGGCAAGACACAACGUCUAGUUCGCCCGGGUGCCCAAAAUCGCUCACACCCUGAUAUCCCCCCGGCCUUUUUUUUUAUAUUAUUUUUUUUCUGCCAGCCCGGUUGCCGGCGUUUAGCAACACCCGCACGAUUUUGGGGUAGACGGGAGUGCAAUGGGUUGGGCACGUACCCGCGCGGUUGACUGGGUUGGAAUGAGAAGACAUUGCAUCCCCUUAACCCACCGUUCUGGUCUAUCGGUGUUGCCAAAGAACUUGAUUCUUCCUGUCUCUCACCCAAACAUGCAAGACCUUGCUUUUCCCUUCGGCAGAUCAGGAUGCUGUGUGCCCGUCAUGUUCGUCUAUCAGCCCUACGAGGCGCGGCAGUUAGGUGGUCAAGUUUCGGCCCACCUCCGUUCUCGGGUUCCGGGUCAUAGGCGCUCCGGUGCCCCGGCUAGUGUGCCUGCCGUGCUUCCGCUGUGUUGUUGUCGGUCUGAUAUGCGGCUGUGGGCUGGUUACGGAUCUUGUUCCUUCGGUUUUGCGGUCAAUGAUGCUGAAAGAUCAAAUCUUUUCUUACUUGUAUGUGGGAGUCAGUUGUGUGAUAUAUUGGUGAAGGGUGCUUUCGACUCGGGGAGGAUGAUGGAGAUUGGUGGCUAUGUUGGCUACAUGCAGUGAGUUUCCGAGCUUCCCUAUGAUGCCGCGACCAAGGUAGUUACUCUCCGCCCAAGAGACAAUGCACAGAAACAGGCUGAGCGUA